AUUAUCACGUCAAUAGGCAUACUCAAUGCACGUGAGUUUUCCCGGGAAACUAAUUUGACAAAUGGACUUUGAAGGACCACCUUGUGAUAGAAUAAAUGUAGGAGAUUUUAUUUGCUAAUCCUCGUAAGUUAAUGGAGCUGUCUAAAUACUUUACAUUGUAUAUAGAUGAUGUUAAUGCUUGGUAAUUUAAAGUGAGAUGUUCAUAUUUUAGCCGAGACAUUUUGGGGAUAAAUGACAUGUGUAGUUUUUGACAGUGACAAGUGUUAUUCGAUUAAGAGGUUUAUUUACUAAAUUAAAGAUUAAACUAAAGAGUUGGUUGAUGUCAUAGAAAAUAAAAUGCGAUUCAUAAAUCUCGUUAAACAUAAAUGAUAGAUGUACACUUAACGUGAUAGACAUAUAUAUUUAUAGUGAUCUGAUAAUUAAAUAUUUCUUACUUCUGUAUUAGUGAUACUUAUAUUUUGUUAACAUUCUUAUUUUUUAAAUAAAAAAAUUAAUACACAAUGAUUGAGCGAGGAUUUUGUACGGACGAAAUGGGUGGACUUAUAAACACAAAUCCAGCGCAAAUGAGUGGUUUUCAAAACCAUUAUGGAAAUGGUGGACAUUUCAGUCAAAUGUAUCCUCCAAACCAAAGACCUUCUUUUGCUAUUCAGGAACUUUUAGGUCUCAGCAACCAAGCGUGUCGACAAAAUACUAGCCCAGAACUACUCGAGUCACAAAGUAUUUCGCCGGGAAAUUUGAUGUACAUUUCCAGGGAUUACCCUAUGUAUAGUCAUGGAAAUUAUAACGGACCAAAUUUACCUCAAGAUUCGAUGAAUCAAAGUUACGCUAAUCUACGUGAUCCUACGUCACAUCAGCAGCCGACAUCAUCAUCGUCAUCAUUUUGUCCGUGGCGCUUUGAUCACCUGGCGCAGCCGACAAUACCAAAUCAACAACUGUCGCAGACGAUGAUGCCGCCUGUUGCAAGGCAUCCCGAGAAUGUCUCCUACAAUUAUAAAUUUUCACCUGUACACGAACAAGUAUCACCAGGUCUAGAAUCACCCCCGUGUUUACAACAGCAGGACAAAUUUGAGCAAAAUAACAACUCGAGCAAUAAAAACAAAAAGAAGAGACGCCGUCACCGCACUAUUUUCACCUCGUACCAGCAAGAUGAAUUAGAAAAAGCGUUUAAAGAUGCGCAUUACCCGGAUCUAUAUGCCAGAGAAGUGCUCGCUCUAAAAAUAGACCUGCCGGAAGACAGAAUUCAGGUAUGGUUUCAAAACCGCCGUGCAAAAUGGAGGAAGACUGAAAAAACUUGGGGUAAAAGUAGCAUCAUGGCGGAGUAUGGUUUGUACGGUGCGAUGGUAAGACAUGCACUUCCGCUUCCGGAUGCCAUUGUGAAGAGUGCUGAUAAAGGAAUUGAGCAGUCGUCUGCACCAUGGCUUCUAGGUAUGCACAAAAAGUCAAUUGAGGCUGCCAGCAAAAUGAAAGAGGAGGAGAACUCGGAUAACGACAAGAAGCCGGACACAGAUGUCCGUACUGAAAGCAUCGCCGCGUUAAGAGCAAAGGCGCAACAGCAUAGCUCUAAGAUGCUUGAAGUUCUACAGAAAAAUGAGGAUUGUGAGAAAUCUCAUGACACGACGAACAACAGUUUUAACAGCUCAUUUCUAUCAGACACAAAUGUGCCAGUAUGUCAUGAGAUUUCGCGACAAUAACACCAAAAUGAAAUGUUUCAAUGAUAAUACGUAAAACGUGCCUUUGUGAAGUUUGAUAUUGUAAUAACUUCGUGCUAUAUUUUGUGUUCGACUGUUUUUCUCACCGCUUUUAUGUGUAUGUUAUUAAGAGGAUGUAUAAUGUGCUACUGAUUCUAAUUUUCGUUUUUUGUGUUUUCCCUAUUUUCAGUAUACGAGAAGACACAAAAGUGAACUUGAUACUCAUAAAUAACUGCCCCCCCCCCACACACACACAUACAAUGAAAUAAAAGAAAAUCAUACAGUGUUACAUUGUGACCACAUGCUUGUGUAUAUCCAUCUGUCGUGUAUAAUAAUUUUUGCUUUAAAGAGUAACAAAAUCUAGAAUUCUUAUUUCAGUAGUUUUAGGUAAAGCCUUGUACCAUCUACCUUAUUUAUUCUUUAGACCACUGUUUUGUCCAUCAGGGUGUUUUGCAUCUGGAAGGCCGCAAUCAAAA